AUGCGUCAGUGCGACCUGACAACGGGAGGAGAAGAAUCAGCGAAGGACGAUCCAGAGGAGACGGCAGUGUUCCUCAACGCUAAGACGGGAGCAGACAGUGGACAGGAGCAGGGCUCACGCAGGGCUGACCAGGGAGAGAGAGGACCAGCACCUGGCGGAGACAGCAGCGUUCCUGCACGGGACUCAGCGCUGACAGCCGCCAUGUGCGACAGAGAGCAGGAGGGCCCUGAUGGCAGGGAGCCAGGUGAGGGCAAGACAGCCCUCCUGGAGCCUGGCCCACGGCCUGUUGGAGUGGCCAGCAUGGGACCCAGAGCAGAGGAUCGGGGAGCCAGGAGCUAUUCAGCCAGGCCGGGGCUGGAAGCCUUCUUCCUCCCCAAGCAGGGACAGAGCAGCCCCUGGGGCCAAUGCUGUGGGCUGAGAGCCCCACAGAGUUGCUCAUGCCCGCUGCCAUUGGCUCUGUCCCCUGCAGCAUGUGUGCUGUGUCGCCGUGCAGAGGCUGACCCGGACAUCUGCGGCGACAAACUAGAGAAAUACGGACUCUACGCCCAUUUGUUCUGCUUGUAUUUUGCCACGUUGCUUUUUCAGCAAGCAAAUAAACGUGUUGGACUCCUGGGUUUUCUGCAUCAAGAUAUCCAGCUUGCAGUCAGGCGGGCGGCACAGAAGCACUGCUGCGUCUGUGGCCAGAGCGGGGCCACCAUUUUGUGCUGGAAGGAAGACUGCAACAGAUGGUUCCACCUGCCCUGUGCCAAGGAGGGCGGCUGUAUCACACAGUAUAUUACCCCAUACAGGUCCUACUGCCCUGAGCACCGUCCAGUGCAGAUCGUGCAGGUGACUCCAGAGCUGGGCACUGAAUGCCCCAUCUGCAUGGAGCCAGUGGAGGAUAGAAAGACCUUCAAGACCAUGGUGUGCCCAGUGUGCAAAAGAGCCUGGUUCCACAGGGACUGCCUCCAGGGACAGGCCUUGUGUGCUGGUCUUUUGCACUUCCGCUGCCCUCUCUGCAGAGAUCAUGAGACGUUCCUUGUGGAAAUGUUUGUCAUGGGGAUCCGAAUCCCCAUCAGGUUGGUGUCCUUCUGCGUGUCUCAGAAGACAAGAGGGUGCAAGUGUCGUGCUGUGCCAGGCCCUGCCCCAGUAGUUCAGGCCCUGUCCCAUCCAGGGAGGCAGGGCAGCAGAAACACAUCAGCUUUUCCUUUCUCCAUCAGACAGCCAACAUGGGAGGACAACAAUGCUUUUGCGGAUCUAGGAGAGAGGCACGGAAGGUGCAAUGUCAGGGAAUGCCUUUACCCAAGAGGCAGGGAGGAGGCAGAGGAAGAGGGGCCCUGGGAGCUGCUCCUGUGCUCCUCCUGUGCUGCUGAGGGCACCCACAGGCGCUGCUCUGGCCUAACAGUGAGGACAACCCACUGGGAGUGUGACAGCUGUGCUGGUCUUGGCACAGGUAUGAGGCAAAGCAGCCGGGUGUCCCUGGGCUGGGGCCAGGGCCCAGGCCGGGCAUGGCAAAGCCCAUGGGCUCCUGGAGGGCUGGGUGAAGUGUUCUGGUCUGUCAUGGCCUGCUCUAGGCCUGGGAGGCCUUUGACAUUCCUGUUUGGCCUUACAGGCUCCAGGGAUGAGCCAGAGCUCAAUGGCCCUAGCCUGAUCAGUCACUCAGGACUGGAAUCUUCUCAGGGCCUCUCAGAAUCUGAGGCCACCAGCCCCAGCUCCAGCAGCCCGGUGUCAUCGGGUCUGGCUCCCCAUUCUCCAUCUCCAGAGGCCAGCAGCCACAGCAGCCCCCAGCAUUCAGCCUCUUCCUUGGCAGACACCGGCAGCCCUAGCACAUCAAGGCCAAGACACAGCAGCUCCAUGGACCCUGAGGACAGGGUCCAUUCCAGGCAUGCUGGGCCUGACCGCAGGCGAAACCGCUCUCGCCAGCAAAGUCAGGCCCCAAAUAGACAUAUCCGGUCACGGAGUCACCGUAACAGGAGCAGGAGGACAAGACCAAGGGCUGAGAGGCCCAGGCAAAGACAGACACCAUCAAGGGCAGCCCUAGAGCCUUCCUUCAGCAAAAAGGAAGAAGAAGAGAGUGAGACACUGCCUCAAGCGUCUGAAGAAAUCGAUUGUGACACUGCUGCUGAUUUAAAAGAUUUGCUUGGACCUUCAAAGGUCAAACCAGAAAAGACAGAGGAAAUACCCUGGGACAAAGAGGAUUCUCAGGACUCUGUCUCAGAAUACCAUCUGGGACCUUUGCCUGAAAACGACAGAACUCAGGAGUCGAGUGCUUUCAAGUUUUUCUUCUUUGGAGACACAGAGGAGUAG